AUUAUGAAGAUCAUAUGAUUACUGAGGGCGUAGCAAUACAUCUGUAGCGAGACGUUCCAUGUAGGUUAUUCUAUUCAAAAAGCAAGAGAAAAUAAUAUUUGAAAAAAAAUGAAGAUAUGUGGACCUAAGUAUGCCUUAUGUGGCUUAAUAUUAUCUGUUUGGGGUAUAUUUCAACUACUCCUGAUGGGUAUAUUCUUCUAUGUCAAGAGUGUAGCUUUAGUAGAAGAUCUUGCAUUAAAAGGAACUUUUACUGAUGUUAAGUAUUUCUAUGCAGAAGCAGACAGAGGCUAUACACAAAAUGCAUAUAAUUGUUGGAUAGCUGCUUGUAUUUAUGUUAUUACAUUCCUGUUUUCAGGACAUCAAUUUUAUGUAAAUUCAAGAUCAUCUCUUAGUGUUUAGAAAAAUACUGAUAGCAUGUUACACAACAAAUAAGAAAUAUGUAUAAAUUUAUCAAAUAAUGCUGUAUUGUAAACAAAGAAAUCAUAUUUAAGAAUAAUCUAGAUUAUGUUUAAAAGUAUAUAAUAGAUGUGAAUAACAAACUAUAUAAUA